AUGGCGUCGUGGAACCAACCAGGCGGAUACUCGGUGAUGCACGAGCACGACCCCCGGUGGACGGCGGUCGACGAGUAUGCCAACGGGCACUUGCUCGCUCCCUCUCGGAACCCGUACCACGAGGCACUGGAAUUCACGCGUUCCAACUCCCGGGCCAAGGGUCUCCCGGACAUCGCCGUCUUCGCGGCACAGGGCAAGUUCAUGUCGAUGCAGAUUCAGAUCACGGGCGCCAAAAACGUUCUGGAAGUCGGCACGUUGGGCGGGUACUCUGCGAUCUGGAUGGCCGCGGGGACCGGCGCGGACGGGAAAGUGACGACAGUCGAGGUCAACCCGGAGACCAAGAAGAUCGCCGAGGAGAACAUUGCGCACGCUGGCUUGAGCGACCGCGUUACCGUGCUGUUGGGGCCGGGCGUCGAGGUCCUCCCUGCGCUGCUCGAGGAGGUCAAGGCCGGCAAGCGCCCGCCCUUUGACUUUGUCUUCAUCGACGCCGACAAGGAGAACAACCUGGCCUACUUCGAGUGCGCGCUGCAGAUGGUCAAGCCCCGCACCUGCAUCAUCGUCGACAACGUCGUCCGCCGCGGACAAUUGGCCGAUCCGGCCAUGAAGGACGACUCUCGCAUCGCGGGCACGAGGAGGCUCAUUGAGGCCGUGGGCAAGGAUGACCGCGUCGAGGCCGUCGUCAUCCAGACGGUCGCGGAGAAGAAUUAUGACGGGUUCAUGAUGGCCCUGGUCAAGUAG